GACUCUUUGGGCCCCCAAGAAGCGCGCAGCCAGCCCCCAGGGGACGCCUCUGUUCCGCCAGGUGACCCUCCUGCCGAGGACUCAGAGAAGGGGGCCGGGCCCGCCCAGGCGACCGACAAAGCCGGGCCCGGAGGACGGGAGUGCCGGCCCGGCGAGCGCGCCCAUCCCGCCAAAGUGUUAACUUUGGACAUCUACUUGAGUAAGACUGAGGUGGAGCAGGUGGACGAGCCGGUCCUCGUUACUGCCGGGGCAGAAGAUUGCAGCGAUAACGACGAUAUGGAUAAGAGGGCGAGCGGCCGCAGAUCAGGAAGGCGGAGGAAGUCGCAGAAAUCCUCCGACUCCCCCGGCGCGGACACCGCGCUGCCCGACAGCGCGGCGAGGGACGACGCAGUGUUCGACUACGAGGUGGCGCCAAACGCCGCCGCUGAGAACGGCUUGGCGGAAAAGAAAGUGAAAUCCCCGCGAGCUGCCCCGGACGCGAGUCCAGAGUCCAAGACCAGCCCCGGCUCCAAGGGGCAGCCCCGAGGAGAGUCGGACCGGAGCAAACAGCCUCCGCCGGCCACGUCCCCCACCAAAAGGAGGGGAAAGAGCCGUGUCUCCGAAGCUGUGCUCAUCCCGCCGGCUGGCGGCCCAAGGGCUCCUGCCAAGGAGUCCCCGCCCAAGAGGUCGCCGGCGCCUGACUCCAGCCCCGCUGCCAAGGCUGCGGCGGGGGAGAACGGGGAGGAGGUGCCCCGGGUCGUGCCCCGCGAGCUCACAGUCAAGAGCAGCUCCCUGCUGCCCGAGAUCAGGCCGGAGCACAGGAGGGGGCCACUCCCCAACCACUUCGACAACCGGGGAGAAGGAAGUCGAAGCAAAGAGCUGGGCAGAUGGUCUGGAGUUGCCGACGCCGAUGGCGUAAAGCCCAGGAACCAUUUCGGGGCGGACAGGUCGACGGUGACCACUAAAGUGACCCUCCCUGCCAAGCCCAAACAUGUGGAACUAAAUUUUAAAACCCCUAAGAAUCCUCACAGUUCGGGAAAUGAGCAUAAUCCAUUUAGCCAGCCAGUUCAUAAAGGAAACACUGCCACUAAAAUCUCCUUAUUUGAAAACAAACGGGCAAACAGCAGCCCAAGACAUACUGACAUUCGAGGCACAAAGAACACCCUCUCCUCUAAUAAGACAUUUGUCGGGAGGGCGAAGCUGAAUUUAGCCCAAAAAGCCAAGGAAAUGGAGCAACCUGAAAAAAAAGUAGUACCAAAUAGUCACCAGAAUGGUGUUCUGGUGAAGGAAACCUCAGCAGAAACCAAAGCCAUUCUCCCUGGAGAGCAGAUCCUCCCAGCGACCGGCAGUCCCAGGGUAAGAGGCCUGGAAGGCGAGCCUACUGAGAACCAAGCUGCUGGUUCAGAGCUUAAACAGGAUGAUCAGGUAGAUGUUCGUAGAGAUGCUGGCUGCCCUCCUGAGCCAGGGGCUACUGCUCUGAUUCCUGUCAAGGACCACAAACCCUUAGGAGAGGAUGACUCCAAGGCCGCUGACAGUGAAAGACUUGUACUUGAAAAUAUGACUGAAACAGCAACAGCAAAAGCCAUUCCUGCCGUUCUUGAUACCAGAGAUUCACCAACAGCUCCACCAAAGCCACAGGAUACAUUUUCUGACUCACAGCCCCCGGUUGAGUCAUGUAAUCAGUCCUGUUCACUGCCUGCAUCCAUUCCUGUGGCUGUUCCCAAAGACACAUGUGCUGAAGCUCCUAUAAGCAACUUGCCAUGCACUGACCUAAAAGGGUCAGAAAACCGUAGUGGAGGUAUUUUGCCCAAGUCUCAUCCAGAUAAUGAUAAAAUGCCUCCCUCCAAACUUGGAGGAGAAGGAGAAGGAAGCCUUCCUUUGUCCACAGAGCACAGCCCAGAAGCUGUGGGCAAUGGGAGUCCGUCCAAGGUCCUUGUCCAGGUCAGGUCCUUUGUCCUUCCCGUGGAGAGCACCCAGGAUGUAAGCUCCCAGAUCAUCUCUGACAGCACUGAAGUUAGAGAAGUGCAGUUGCCAAGUUGUCACAAUAAUGAACUUGAAGUGGUUUCCGUUGCAAGUUGUGCUCCCCAGAAAGAGGAAGUCCCCGGCAAUAAGAGCACACCACCCAAACGCAUUCAUUGCAAAGAGGAACAUGUAGCAAAAUCUGGCCCACAAGUCACGCUGCUGGAAUCAGAGAAAACCCUGCCUAUCCAGGUUCCAAGUCAGGAGAAUAGAACACCCCUGACAGUUGAUGCCAGCCUCACCGCCUCCCCUGAGAGCAGAAAUCAUGUAGAAACUCCUCAAAGGCCAGGUCAACAUGUUGUGAAUGGCCAGGACAGCCCUGCCAGUCUCUUGAACAUUUCUGCUGCUGGUAGUGAUGAUAGUGUAUUUGAUUCUUCUUCUGAUAUGGAAAAAUUCACUGAAAUUAUAAAAAAUAUGGAGAGCACAGUUUGUGUGCCUCAGAAAAAAAAGAAAGCCAGGGUGCCAAACUCUCCUGCCCCUCACUUUGUCAUGCCUCCUAUUCAUGAGGACAAUUUAGAAAAGGUGUUUGAUCCCAACGUGUUUACCUUUGGUUUGGGGAAGAAAAAGGGAAGCCAGCCAGAAAUGUCACCAGCUUUACAGCUGAUGCAGAAUCUAGACACAAAAUCCACACUGAGGCCCAAACGUACGUCCACCGAACAGAGCAUCCUCUUCAAGUCCUCGCACGCCCACACUAAUGGGAAAGAUGAACCUCUGGCGACUCCAGAAAUAAAUGACAAAGAGAACAGGGAUGUCACAAAUGGUGGAGUGAAGAGAUCUAGGCUAGAAAAAAGUGCACUUUUCUCAAGCAUGCUAUCUUCUUUUCCACAAGACAAAAUCUUUUCUCCCUCUGUAACAUCAGUCAGUACUAUGACCACAACUUUCAGCUCUUCUCAGAACACUUCUCUUUCUCGGUCUCCUGUACCACAGCCUGUGGCUGAGGGUGCCCCACCCUGCACUGCAGAUAAAGAACAGCCAAACCUUCAGCCCAACAACUUCUUAAAGGUCUUCAAUUUUGACUCGUCGACUACAUCUCACUCAGGCUUGAAAAGUCCAAGCUACAUGGAAAAAUACCUGCAGAAAGAGGAAACCAAAAAAGACCCGGAUUCACGAAGCAACCUACGCUUGCCAGAAACUAAAUUUUCUGAAUUUUCAAAACUGAAGAACAGUGAUGAUGCGGAAAAGGCUAAUCAUGUUGAAAGUGUUCUUAAGUCAAACUUGCCAAACUAUGGGAACAACGACACAGACUUCAUGGGUCUUUUCAAAUCCAGACGGUUUGACCCAAACAUUUCUUUUUCUGGAAUGUCAUUAUCAGAUCCACCAACACUUAGAGGAAGUAUCCAAAAUAAAAUCAAUCCCCGACCUGGAAAGGUAGUGAUCUACAGCGAACCGGACGUCUCCGAGGAGUGUAUUGAAGUCUUCGGUGACAUUGAGGAUUGCAGCUCUUGGAGCCUCUCUCCUGUGACGCUCGUGAAAGUUGUUAGAGGAUGUUGGAUUUUGUAUGAGAAACCAAAUUUUGAAGGGCACUCCAUCCCCUUAGAAGAAGGAGAGUUGGAACUUACUGGUCUCUGGAGUACAGAAGCUAUUUUGGAAGAAAAAGAGGAGGAAGAGUCUGCAAAGCCUGUGGUGAUUGGUUCAAUGAGACAUGUGGUCAAGGAUUACAGAGUUAGUCAUAUUGACUUAUAUACUGAGCCAGAAGGGUUAGGAGUCCUGAAUUCGUACUUUGAUGACACUGAAGAAAUGCAGGGGUUUGGUGUAAUGCAGAAGACUUCUUCCAUGAAAGUACAUUGGGGCACAUGGCUGAUUUAUGAAGACGCUGGAUUUCAGGGUGUCCCUUUUAUCCUGGAACAGGGGGAAUACCCCGACUUAUCCUUCUGGAAUACAGACGUAGCAUACAUUGGAUCCAUGCGCCCGCUGAAAAUGGGUGGCCGUAAAGUUGAAUUCCCUGCAGAUCCAAAGGUAGUUAUUUAUGAAAAGCCUUUCUUUGAGGGAAAAUGUAUGGAAUUAGAAACAGAAAUGUGUAGUUUUAUCAUGGAAGGAAGUGAAACGGAAGAAACCACUGGAGAUGAAUGUUUGCCACUAACGUCCGUGGGAUCUAUGAAGGUCCUCAGAGGCGUUUGGGUUGCCUAUGAAAAGCCUGGAUUUACAGGGCAUCAGUAUUUGCUUGAAGAAGGAGAAUACAAGGACUGGAAAGACUGGGGAGGUUACAGUGGAGAACUCCAGUCUUUACGGCCUAUAUUAGGUGAUUUUUCAAAUGCUCACAUGAUAAUGUACAGUGAAAAAAACUUUGGAUCCAAAGGUUCCAGUAUUGAUGUAUUAGGAAUUGUUGCUAAUUUAAAGGAGACCGGAUACGGAGUGAAGACACAAUCUAUUAAUGUACUGAGUGGAGUAUGGGUAGCUUAUGAAAAUCCUGACUUCACAGGAGAACAGUAUAUACUGGAUAAAGGCUUUUAUACCAGUUUUGAGGACUGGGGAGGAAAAAAUUAUAAGAUCUCUUCUGUUCAACCCAUAUGUUUGGAUUCUUUCAGUGGCCCAAGGAGAAGAAAUCAGAUUCACUUGUUUUCGGAACCACAGUUUCGAGGUCAGAGUCAAAGUUUUGAAGAAACAACAAGCCAGAUUGAUGAUUCAUUUUCUACCAAGUCUUGCAGAGUUUUGGGAGGCAGCUGGGUUGUGUAUGAUGGAGAAAAUUUCUCUGGUAACCAGUAUGUGUUGGAAGAAGGCCACUAUCCGAGUCUCUCUGCAAUGGGAUGCUUGCCUGGAACAACUGUGAAGUGUCUUCGUUUUAUAGAUGUUGAAUUCUCUGAACCAACCAUUAUUCUUUUCGAAAGAGAAGACUUCAAAGGAAAGAAGAUCGAACUUACUGCAGAAACCGUUAAUCUCCGAUCCCUAGGAUUCAACACGCGGAUCCGCUCUGUUCAGGUGAUAGGUGGCAUAUGGGUUACUUAUGAAUAUGCCAGUUACAGGGGUCGGCAGUUCCUACUGUCACCUGCAGAAGUACCUAAUUGGUAUGAAUUCAGUGGCUGUCGCCAAAUAGGUUCUCUACGACCUUUUAAUCAGAAACGAAUUUAUUUCAGACUUCGAAACAAAGCAACAGGGUUAUUCAUGUCAACCAAUGGAAACUUAGAGGAUCUGAAGCUUCUCAGAAUACAGGUCAUGGAGGAUGUUGGUGCCGAUGAUCAGAUUUGGAUUUAUCAAGAAGGAUGCAUCAAAUGCAGGAUAGCGGAAGACUGCUGCCUGACGAUCGUGGGGAGCCUUGUCACCGCGGGCUCCAAGCUGGGCCUGGCGCUCGACCAGAAUGCCGACAGUCAGUUCUGGAGCCUGAAGUCGGACGGCAGGAUCUACAGCAAGUUGAAGCCAAAUUUAGUUUUAGAUAUCAAAGGGGGUGCACAAUAUGAUCAAAAUCACAUUAUCCUCAACACUGCCAGCAAAGAGAAGUUAACACAAGUGUGGGAAGCCAUGGUGCUGUGAACCCAAAAAAGGACGCAGGAGGCACGUUUCUGGAGGUCUCCCCGCUGCGCAGGGACCACGAGGGAAGCGCCAAGCUCUUCCCUCUGAGGGAAGCGGGAGUGCACCCUCAGUGACGCUGACUCCCAUGGCCGGGCCAGACACUCGUCUCACCUCGUCAAGGCUCUAAUAGUUAUAAACCGAUUACCUGUUCUUUCACGUCUUGCCUUUCAUUUCCUUUCAGCAGCUGCUUAAGUUAAACAGGUUGCCUCAUUAGCAGCUUUUGGGUGGUUUGAAAAAAAUAUCUCAAGACUUUAAGACUACAUACAUUUUAAAUUAUUUCCAAAGAUAGUAGGAGAGAACAGGAACAAAUUUCCCAACUUUGUGGACCUACAAAUCCCUUACACUUUAAAGGAAAGUAUAAAAGCUUAGGUUUGUAAGGUAGAAACUGUUUAGCAUCUGAGAAGAAAUUACGUAGUAGGCCUAUAGUUUUGGUUCUUGACCUUCUGUUUUCUGAAAUCAUUAAUUAUGCUGUAUAGCAAAGUGGGGAAUUAUAUUCAGGCACAUUUUAUGGAACUGAAUGAGUAUAAACAAAAAACUUCUGUUAAUAUUAAAUAUUAGUAAAUUUAAAAGAUUUCAUGUCCAUGUCUGCUUUAUUAGCAGGAUUGGAAUUAUUUUAACUCUCCCAUGGGCUGCCCUAGAACGUCCCAAAUGAGUGUUGUUUAAUGCUUUUCUUACAAAUGCUACUGGAACAGUACUAUCCUGACCCAAGUUAUUACCCGUCCUCACUCGUCUGUAACGAGUUCGGAAGCAGUGCUACGCAGUCCUUUGCUACACUCAGUUCCCUGCACUCCUAGCCAGCGGCCCUGGCAGGAGGCCUGAGUGGGGCCCCCUCGUCCGGAACGCUCCACAGCCAUGUUCUGGGGACAGCCUCGGUCUCAGGGCCUGGCACCCUCCGUGGCCGCUUGCUUUGGAUGGCUGAAACGAGGUGUGGAAGGUGCAGGAGGGUGACCAGCAAUUCUCUUCUGAAAGUGAAGGGAAGGAGGCCUUAAGUGAUGCUUGUUGGUCAAAUCUUAGAAUGCGGAAAACCCUAAAUUUCAGCCAGCAUUUCAAUGAAAAUUGAAAAUGUUUAACUGCUGACAAAGGACUGCCCAAAUCAUACGGUGCUGUUUAAACAGUGCACAGUCAUUUUGAGCAAAACUGCUAAACAAUCCUUGAAUGUACUUUUCCUCUUUCUGUCCUCAUCUUGUCCACGUCACUGAGUGCUGGUGCUCUUGUCACAGGAAAAACAAAUCUCGUUUCCUUUUUAUUUGUUCCAGUGUUUCCAAUUCUAAAAUGUUGAUCCUCUCUGGAGUCUGUAGAGGCAAUAUGGUCAUCAGAGUAGUAUCUUCAUUUUAAAGUAGUUUGUACGUGUCCAACAGCAACCAACAUGUCUGUCUAGUCCUUAGAUGUAAAGCUCUGAUUUCCGGCUUUUGUGCCUCUCGUCACAGUCUGGUGGGGUGAGUCAUUCUACAGUAGCAUCUGUUGAAUUUCUCUUGAAUAAACUUGUUUCUGGUU